AUGGCCAAUCUACGAAUCUCAACAUUUGGUUGUGGACGUCCCUUUGGUCGUAGAAACAAUACACUUAGGCUUUUUCUGGUCAUUUUAUUGUUUGGAACCUGUCUAUGGAUCUCCAUUUUGAGAUUUCGAAUUGAUUUCAGUGAUUCUCGGAUGAGAACUAAAGUUAUUUUUUCGCCAGAAGAGAAAACCCUAAAGGAUAUACCCGAAAAAGCUUGGAUAUCUGAUAUAAGCAAAUUAACAGAUGAUAGAAUUAGUUUUUUCAAAAGAGAACAAUUUACUGAUGAUGCAUUAAAGGAGAAUGGGUUGAUUGCUGUGACUGCGAUCGUGUUGAACUGGGGAAGAGUCGAGAGUUUACGAGUUUUGGUGAAUCACAUAUCCAAAUAUCCAUACAUCAAGGAGAUCUUGAUUUGGAACAACAACAAAACAAUCCUAAAACCACAGGCAAGAAAUUUCAAACUUAAUAACACCGACGUGAUCUUGAAUGUGUUCAACUCGGUUGAAAAUCUUCAAGAUCUAUCCAAAUACAUCAUCUGUUCGAUGGCAAAAUACGAUUACUGUUAUUUCCAGGAUGACGAUUGGUUGAACCUAUACAUGGAUAGUGUUUACACCAAUUUCUUAAGAAGUCCAAGUUUAAUUCAUUCCAACACCAUGGCAAUUAUCCAUUUAGAACACAGAAGGUGGACGUUUUCCAAUGAGGGCAAAAACCUUCAUACCGGAUUUACGUGGUUAGGAUGCGGAUCGUUUGUUCCGCGUGCAAAAGUGUUGAGGUUUUUGGGACAAGUUGGUUCAACUUCCUUGGGGAGAGAACGUCUACGACUGUUGGAUAUUUAUUUUUCUCUGUGGACAAAUCAAUAUCCUUAUCAACUUUCAAGCCCUUUGAUCCCUUUGGAUCAGACAAACGGCUGGAGCAACGGCGUCGAUCAAUGGUCCGUGGUCUAUGCCAAUAUUCUCGACGCGGUUCAAAAAUUGUACACCGCCUUGGCUACUAACACUGAUUCCCAACAAUUUAUACGCAAAGAAGAAGAACCAUAUUACUCGAACCGGGAUGUAAGGGCACCGUGUGCAAACGAUAGAUGUUUAUUCGUCACCAACAUUGAUCCAUUUCCGUAUCCAUCGAGCGUGUAUUAUACAAACAACAUCACACAUGUUCGAGAACAAGAGGCCAAAUUCAAUGCGUUGACUUUUCCAAGCAACAAAUUCUGGAGCAAACAUGCUUACCACAAUGCCGUGGAUAUGAACUCGAAUACGUGCUGGAAUUCAUUCAAAAUUCCCAAGAUCGGCGAUUAUUUCGGGUUACAAUUCGUUGAACCACGAGUGUACAACAAGAUUACGAUCGUGUCUUCAAAAGAUAUCAGCAACUUCAACGGAUCCUUCAUUAUUGAAACUUCCCCGGAUGGCAAUGAAUGGCAAAUUUGUGACAAAAAAUCCUCUUCGCAAGAUCAUACCGAUCCGUCAUUGAUUCCAUCAAGCCACAGCAUUGUAAUGAGGUUUGAUUGUAGAUCUGCGAAAAAUGACGAGAACGGGCCGUUCG